CGAUCCACAAUGAUUGCCCCCAAACUGUAGCUCUUCUCCACCCAAAGAGCUCAGAUGAAAACCCCUUCCUUCCACUUCAUGAGCUCUUCUCUCUACCUCAUCUCCCUAUCCCUCACCAUAUUUCUAGCCUUCCUAUAUGCCGUGGGUUUUGCCUCGAUCCUCAAGAAAUCAUUUCUGAGCUCUAAAUUGCUUGAAUACUCGUCUCAAGUUCAAGAAAAAUCCAUAUCAAAACAAGAGAAGGAUGUCGGCAUGCCAUUUGCCGUUGGGAGGAUGGAGGAGGGGUGCGACGUGUUCGAUGGGAGGUGGGUCUACGAUGAGGUCUCAAGGCCUCACUAUGCCGAGGACGAAUGCCGUUAUAUCUCGGCUCAGACGAGGUGCCAAGCUUACGGGAGGCCCGACCAGGCGUACCGGCACUGGAGAUGGCAGCCUCACGGCUGUUCUCUUCCAAGCUUCAAUGCCACUUUUAUGCUCGAAAAGCUCCGAGGGAAGCGAAUGAUGUUCGUUGGUGACUCCUUGACUAGGGGCCAGUUCACGUCCAUGGCAUGUCUCCUUCGGCGUGCCAGCUCCAAGUUUGUAAAAUCCCAUAAUCGCUUCAGAUCACAUACCAUCUUCAGAGCUAAGAAAUACAAUGCUACAAUCGAGUUCUAUUGGGCUCCAUUUCUUGUCGAAUCGAACUGCGACAAUGCCACCGUGCACCGAAUUACUGAUAGAAUAGUAGAUGUACAUCCAGAAUCCAUCAAUAAGCAUGCUCAUAAUUGGAAGGGAGUUGAUGUUUUGAUCUUCAAUACAUAUAUGUGGUGGAUAAGAGACACAAACAUCAAGACAUUGCAAAGGUCUGUCGAUGGCGGCUUAGAAUAUGUCCAGGAGAUGAAGAAAGAGGAUGCCUAUAGCUUGGUGUUGAAGAGGAUGGUGAGGUGGGGGGAGGAGAACUUGGAUCCUGAGAAGACCAGGGUCUUCUUCACAAGCAUGUCACCUACUCAUUAUAGGAGUAUUGAAUGGGGAGGCAAGCAUGACGGUAGUUGCUACAAUCAAACGACUCCAAUCACUGAUCCAACAACAUAUUGGGGUUCCAGUGCCAGCAAAAGCAUGAUGCGAGUGGUGGAACAAGUUUUAGGCGAGAGUAAGAUCCCCAUUACUGUCCUCAACAUCACCCAACUCUCAGCAUUUCGCAAGGACGCACACGCUUCAAUCUAUAAACAACAAUUACACGAGCUGACGCCCGAACAACUGGCCAACCCUAAUAGCUAUGCCGAUUGCACCCAUUGGUGCUUGCCGGGUCUCCAGGACACUUGGAAUGUGAUCCUCUACACCAAACUCUUCUAUCCUUAAAAACUACGUACUUGCUUGGAAGGGUUAUGAUCCAAAACUCAUUGGGAUCGUCAUUCUUUUUCCCCUGAUAACUUUGAUUUUUUUUUUUUUUUUAGACGGUAUUGAAUGAAACAAGGAUAUGAAAUGAUACUUGUAAUGUCAAAACAGGAUGUGUAUUUGACAUUCAGGAAUGCUUCAUUUUAAAGGUUUUCGUUUCCUCGGUA